CGUUUUCUGUUUUCUCUACGAGCUUCAAAGCUCAGACACCCAUCCUUCUCGCGCUCAUGGCAACAAAACCAGCCGAAGAAGCUUCGGAACCCCUGAAAUACCAGACAUGGGUUUUGAGAGUAUCCUUUCACUGCGAAGCCUGCAAGAGAAAGGUGAAGAAGGUGUUGCAGAGCGUCGACGGGGUUUACACCACGACGAUCGAUUCCCAGCAACAUAAAGUUACAGUGACUGGGAAUGUCGACGCAGAGACUCUCAUCAAGAAGCUUGCGAAGACGGGGAAAUACGCAGAGCUCUGGCCUGAUAAAGCUGAGAAGGAGGGGAAAAAAUCAGAGAAGGGGAAGAACACUGAGAAACAGAAAGAUUCAAAGAGCAACGAGAAGGGCGACGUCGGUAACGAGGCCGAGAACAAAUCUCCAGAGAACGUCGAACCCAAAACUGAAUCUACAGAUAAAAGCAAAGACAAAAGUAGCGAAGGUGAUGGUGCAAACAACAAGAACAACGACGGCGAUCAAAACAAAGAUACGGCGAAAUCAGAAGGAAAGAACGGAGAGAAUUCGAACGCCGGCGUGGACCAGAAGGAGGUGAGCAAUGAUGGCGACGGAGCAGCAGAGAAAGCCGGCGGGGGCAAUGGAGAUAAAAAGAAGAAAAGGAAAGGGCAAAAAGGCAAUGACGUCAACAACGAGGGUGUGGGUGAUACCUCCGAUCCGAUCCCUACGGAAUCAACCGCAGCAUUCACCAAUGUCAGCCCUCCACAGCAUCAUCCGUACCCGUAUCCAUACCCGUACCCGUACCCUACCUACGUUGGUCCCCCUGUAUACGCCGUGAAUUACCAUACGGCGCAUCCUAGUGCGAGCUACGCUGCAUCUUACUACGCUCGGCCACCACCGUAUUCUCAUACGUACACAGCUGCGGAGUCUUACUCACCUCCACCACGACAGCCGUCGGAUUCGGAUUCUUUCGAGAUGUUCAGUGAUGAGAAUGCCAACGGUUGCGUGGUUAUGUGAUUUCCGGUUCGACCACAGGGUUCCGCGGUUCAGGGAGAUAUUGGGAUUGGACCUAAACGUAGCUUAAGCUUAUACUACUCGUGUAGCUUUAGGCUAUUUUUGUAACAAUGUACAUUUAAAAAAAGGGGUUUAGAGGAUGAACCAAGAAUAUUGGUUUUGUCUUGGGGGAGGGUUUGGGUUAUUUUUCUGAAUUGUUGUCCUUGUUUUGUAUUUUCACUAGUUGGUCUUGUUAAAAUGUUACUAGCCCUGUAAUGACUUAGCUGUUGGUAGAACCACUUAAAUCAAUCAAUCAAUCUCUCUCUC